AUGGGCUUGAGUUUCCGGGAUAUUGCAUUUAUCACUGCCCUUUGUGGUGUCACGACUUUGAAUGUUUUCCUCGUCGGCGCAGUCACAGUUGCACUCCCCACUAUUGGAAAAGACCUUGAUUUCCAAGAGGGUGACCUUUACUGGCCGAUCAAUGUGAAUUCUUUGUCGUACGGUGGCUUGCUUUUAUUCUGCGGAAGACUGGGGGACAUAUUUGGAGGCCGCCUCAUGUUUGUCAUUGGGUCUCUAUGGUUCGCGAUUUGGAGUCUUGCAACGGCCUUCGUUCCAAAUUCAAGUAUUUUCAUUGUAGACAUGGCGCUCUUGGGAAUAGGAUCAGCUGCCAACACUCCUGCUGCGAUUGGAUUAUGUUCGUCAUACUUUCCACCAGGAGCAAACAGGAACAAGGCCUUCAGCGCACUGGGUGUUGGUUCGCCUGUGGGAUUUAUUCUAGGCCUCAUUGCUAGUGGUCUUUUGACUGAAAGUCGCGCCACAUGGCGGUCCUUGUUCUGCAUUCAAGCCGGUCUUGCUCUUUUCUUCGUUUGCCUUGCUCUCGUAGUCAUUCCAAAAGAUCACUCGAAUCAGCGUUAUGUCAAAGGUUUAGACUGGGUCGGCGCUGUACUGAGCACAGCCGGCCUUGGCCUUCUUGUAUUCAGCCUCUCCGACUCCACAACAACUCAAAAGGGUUGGUUGGCUCCCCAAGUCCUUAGCCUAUUCCUCGUGUCAAUCGUCUUGCUGGUCACGUUUGUCUUCUUCGAGCGCUGGAGGGAAUCCAGAAACAUGUCUGUUCUCAUGCCUCUGAGCAUAUGGAGACAGCCUGGAGCAAAAUUGGGUCCCCUCAUUGGUGUGGUAUUCUUUGGUUGGUUUAGCUUCGAUACUCUGAGUUAUUUCUUCACACUAUACUACCAACAGGUACAACUGCUGGAUCCCUUGCAAACUUCUCUUCGGUUCAUUCCCAUGGCUAUCGCUGGGGUGAUUCCUAGCGUUGCAGCGGGAUAUUUUGUUGCAAGCGUGCCUGCGCACAUCUUAAUGUUGAUUGGUUUGCUCGUUAGUACGGCGGCAAGCGUGAUCUAUGCUCUCAUCAACCCUGAUAUCGGCUUCUGGCACAUGGGAUUUUUUAUGAUGAUUACCAUUGUUGGGGUGGAUAUCGUGUAUUCAUUAGGGAACCAGCAAAUCACUGUAUCAUUUGAUGAAGAUUCACAAUCCCUUGCGGGUGGCAUUUUCAGCGUCACCACAAGACUUGCUACAGCGCUCGGACUUGCGGUGACGUCUGAGAUAGCGGACUCUGUGUCCAAAGCAUACAACAACAAGCAUCCGGACCUCGAUGCGCAGUCACCAGAAGUCUUGAUGGUCGGUUUCCGAGCGGCUGGGUGGACUUGCUUUGCAUCGACGCUUUUAGGCAUUGUCAUCGUCAUUUUGGGGUUGAGAGGCCUGGGUAUCAUCGGCAAAAAAACACGUGCAACCGAGGACGCAAUACAAUCAGACAAUGAUACUUUGAAGUUGCACCAAAGUGACCCGGAGUCACUCAAUGAAAAAGGGACAUGA